AUGGUAGAGGAGCUUGUUAACCAGCCUAGAAAAGGGAUACCUGGCCCUCCUCCAGUACCGGCUUCAUACAAUCCAGAACCAGUCGUUAGAGAUCCAGACUGUCACAGAAAGUUCAUGAGACUCCAUCCUUCUACAUUUGUUGGUACCAAGAAUUUUAUUAAAGUUGAAGGAUGGUUGAAAGAAAUUGAAAAGAGAGGCUACCUUACUUGUUCCCAUCAUCUGGGAGAGAUUUUUGGGGGCGUUCAACGUCGAGUACUUUCCAGCACGGCUCCAACACCAGAAAGAGUUAGAAUUCAUGCAGUUCACUCAGGGAACCUAUCAGUGGUUGAAUAUACUCGAAGAUUCAUUGAAUUGACCCAUUUUGCUCCAGCCAUUUUGACUGAUGAAGGACAGAGGACGAGAAAAUUUCAGUGGGGGCUACGCCCAGCGAUCCAGGAUGCUCCUGCAGUUCUAGAGUUGAAGACCUAUGAUGAGGUUUUUGCGAAAGUAGAAAUAGUAGAAAGUAGAUUGAAGGAUUUAUUCUUCGGAGUAUGCAGUUCUAGAUCCCCGGUACCUCUGAGAAGACAGAUUUCAAGGUAUAGUUCACAAGAUAAGAGGCCUGGAAUGGUAACAGAUAUAUCUCCUAGACCACCAUCAACUUCUGGUAGGGCAUUGACCUGCCGUACUUGUGGAAAGAAUCACGGUAAUCAGUCGUGCCCUUGUGUCACUCGAUCAUGUUUUAAGUGUGGUAGCCAACAACAUUUGAUCCGUAACUGCCCACUUAUGAAGGAACAAGUAGAAGCUCAAAGACGGGGAUGA